AUGAGUGCAUUGUCGGAGAGCGGCGGUGUAGUAGUAGUAAGAGAAGACAGCACAAAUAUUGUUUUGGGCCUUGCCGAUGUAUCCACCACCACGAUACUUAGCGUCGAGCCGAACGUGCCGUUCCGUGCGACGCAGCCGAUCUUGCGCCGUCAACUGCGUUGUGGCAAGAUCGUUCGUGUUAACGGAAACGGUCAUCGCAUGUGGACACCCACGUUUUACAGUUCAACGACGUUACGCACCGAAACCCAGCUUCACCUAGAGAGAUUGACGCGAGGCCAGCCGCUAGUUCUGUAUCUGCGCGAAGCACGUUGCGAGAAGCUGGUCAUCACAAAAGAAACACUCCAGCCUCUCGCUGGCUCUGCUGCUGCUGUUGGAAGCCUUCUACAGUAUCGCUGGCGACGAGUCUGCAGACGCGCCGAUCUUCGCCCGAGUCAGCUGGUUGACAGCAGUGGACCUGCUGGGACCGAAGAGUGUGCAGUCGGUGGCGAGUACCGCCAAAGAUACGCCCACCUUCAACCGAAAAUCUUAACCAGUCGAUGCGGCGGCGCUCACGUCGUCGCGCGAUCAUGUAGCAGCGCUGCUUGGCGCGCAGUGGCUGGCGUGGUAAAUUGCUGUCUAAAAGUUUUUUUUAAUCAAAAACGCACCCCAUUUGCCUUUGCCCUCAGCACUCUAGGCAAGACGGUCUCGCUGGAUCCGUCUGACAGCACGUGCUUCCCGGCCACGGGUAACGUCCGUAGUAUUCUCAGAUCGACGGCAGCUCGCCGCGAGAUCGGCAGCUCGAUCCCCAAAGUCGAGGGUCCCGAGCUCGAGGACCGCAAUUGGCGGUCCUUGAAGCUGCAGCUUUCUUUAUUGCUUGGCAUCAUAAGCCACAGGCCGCCGUUUACGCUCCUGGCGUCCUCGAGGCGAGCUUUCGCAGAUCUGCCGUGGGUCUGCCAGAGUCUGGCCCGGUCUGGGGCUUGCUCGCUCGUUUUCGACUGGCUAGGUGCACUUGAAUUGUCGUACUGUGCACACAUGGAGAGCCGACCGGCCUGGAUUCUUCGCCACAGCGCGUGCAAGACCGGCGGCGAGUCUCCUGCUCGUCCGAUUAUCGCCGGCGACGAGCUCAAUACUGUACAUGUACGGCGGCUCCAGGUUGGAGUCCAGCCCUCGACUAGGGCCCCUAUGCCUGACCCUCGAGUCAGCCGCACUCAGCUGGUCGACAUCCUGGCGAUGGCUGCUGCCACAUGCGUCGGCAUCGACACGCGCCGCGUCGGUCUCCCACUGUGUGUGGUCCACACUCUGCUUGAUCUGCUGCCACAUAACGCAAAUGGCGCGAGGAUGAGCUUUCAGCACCGUUGGGCGCGAGCAACGUCAUUUGCUGGGGGGAUUCCUGGCGGGGAUAGUUUACAUGCUGUUGCUUGUUGCCUGUAA